CUAGCUACCCAGUACUGCGAUGGCCUACGAGGGCCCUACAUUAUCUAUGAUCCUCACGCCAAUCUUUGCGAUGUCGAUGACGGUAGGGCUCUCCUUUUGUGUACUUCAAUAAUACUAAUCGUGUUUGAUAGAAGCAACACACUCCCGCCAAGCGCCGCGGCAUUAAUCAAUGGACUGGGAAGGUUAAUUCCAACCCUACAUCCGAUUUGUCCGUUAUAUCUGUCUUCUGUUUCUUAUGGUUGUAUCAGACAUCGCUUUUGCAUGGUAAGUAUGUCCUGCGAUGUCUCCUUCACCACAUCCAUACAGGCCCAUAACAUUUUCGUAUAUACUAUAUCAUUUCCAAGAAUGGACGGCGUGAACCAUAUGCCUUAUACCGUGGAUCGAAUUGAGAUCUUUGCAGGUAAAUCUUCAUCCCGAAAGUUCUAUUUGAAUGCGUCUAGCCCAAUCCUCCUCUCUAGGACAGCGCUAUUUCCUUCGUUGUAG